AUGGAUGUAGUAAAAAAUUUGACAUAUGGUUUAAAUUUAAAAAGUUUUUUGAAAAAUGAAGAUCUUAUGAGUUUAAAAGAAGAAAAUUUAAAACCGUUAAGAAACAUAUUAAAUUUAAAUAAAAACAAUGAUCCAACUGAAAAUGAAAAAAAAAAAAAAAUUUCUCAGAGUUGUGAAUCUAUAAGUUUUACAAAAUUUUAUAAUAAUGAAAAUUUAGUUAACAGUUAUAUGAAAGGGAAUGAAAUAAAUGUUGAGUAUGUUCAUAUAAAUAGAAAUAUUGUUCCUAUAAGAUUUUUUAGCGAUAUUAUUGAAUAUUUAAAGAUAAUAAAUAAAGAUAGAAAUAUAGUUGUUGAGGAAGUAGAUGGUAUAAAUGAAAAAGAAGAUGAUGAUUCUAGUGAGAAAGAUAAAACAGAUUCUAUUAAAAAAAAAUCAUUUCUAAAAAAAAACAAAAAUAAAGAGAAAAAAUUAAUUAAAGAAGAAAUCUUAUUAAGUACUAAGGAAAAGAAUUUAAAAAAAGAUAGUAACAAUUUAAACAUAAAAAAAGAAGAAAAAGAAAAAAAGGAAAAAGAAUUAAUUAAUGAAAAUAUUAUAAAUAAAGAAUAUGACAAAUUAUUGUAUACAAUAAAAAAUACAUUAUGCUUUAAACAUCCAACUUCCAUUCAAAAAAUUUGUAUUCCAUCCAUAUUAAACGGAUUCAAUACAAUAUGUAUAUCUCAAACAGGUAGUGGGAAAACAUGUGCUUUUCUUAUUCCUCUAUUGAUAAAAUUAAAUAAUUUAAAGAAUGAAAAAAGUAAUAUAAUAUUAAAGAAUAAACAAGUGAACGAUGAUAUUACAUUUUUUAUAAAAAGUUUAAUUGUAGUACCUACUAAUGAAUUGGUUACGCAAAUUUAUGAACAAACUCUAAUUGUUUUUGAAUCUUAUAAAAAAUAUUCCAUUGUAAAACUAGAUAAAGAAACAGAAAUAAAUGAAAAUAUAGAUGUAUGCAUAUGUACACCUUUACUAUUAUUAAUUUUAAUUAAGAAGAAAAAGGUAAGUUUAAAAAAAUGUUUUUUUAUAGUUUUUGAUGAAGUGGAUAAAUUAUUUGAAGUAAAAUUUUUAGAACAUGUAAAUUAUCUUUUAAAAGAAAUUCAAAAUAAAAAAAUUCAAAAAAUAUUUACAACGGCAACACUACCAGGGAAAACUAAAAGUUUCAUAAAUACAUUAUGUGCAAAUUAUGCUAUCGUAUAUUUUGGUAAAAAUAUAAAUACUAUAAAUAAUAAUUUGAAACAAGAAUUACUAUAUGUAAAUAGUGAGGAUGAAAAAUUUUUAGUAUUAAGUAAUUUGAUUAAAAAUAAAGAAAUUCAUGUACCUGUUUUAAUAUUUGUUGAUAGUAUAACAAAAGCAAAAGAGAUUUACACAAAUUUAAGCAAAAGUGUAUCUUACAUUGAAUUGUUCACCUCAGAAAAAACAAAAGAGGAAAGGAAAAAAAUUUUUCAAAAAUUUCAGUCAGGUUAUAUAUGGUACCUUAUAUGUACAGAUAUUAUGAGUAGAGGUAUAGAUAUAAAAGGAAUAGAAACAGUAAUAAAUUACGAUGUUUGUUAUGAUAAAUAUAAUUAUAUCCAUAGGAUAGGAAGGGCAUGUAGAUCUGACAGAAAAGAAGGGAAAGCAAUAACAUUUUUUACAAAAGAAAAUAUAAAAUAUAUGAAAGAUAUUGUUAAAUUUGUGAAAAAUAGUGGUACACAAAUACCUGCUUACUUAGAAAAUUUUAAUUUUAAAAAAAUAUCAAAAUUUAAAUUAUCUGUUAAAAAAAAUGCUUUAAAGAAAAAAAAAGUUAAAGAUAAAAAGAAUUUUAAAGUUGUAAAUAAGAAGAGAAAAAAAAUAAAGGAAAAAUUUACAAAAGAAAAACAAGAUAAAGAAUUAGAAACUACAAAAGUUUAA